AUGUCCAUUGAAAAGAAAAUGAAGACUGCUGACCAACUUAAAGUGUUCUUGCGUUCAGAAAAGGCUACUGUCCCUACAAAAGGGUCUGCUUUAGCUGCAGGGUACGAUCUUUAUGCUUCUGAAGACGCUGUUAUUCCAGCUCAGGGCCAAGGCUUAGUUGCUACUGAUUUGUCCAUUAUUGUUCCAAUUGGAACCUACGGAAGAGUGGCACCAAGAUCGGGUCUCGCGGUUAAACACGGGAUUUCAACAGGUGCCGGUGUUAUUGAUGCAGACUACAGAGGCGAGGUGAAGAUUGUUCUUUUCAACCAUUCAAAGAAGGACUUUGAGAUCAAAACUGGAGACAGAAUUGCACAAUUGGUGUUGGAGCAAAUCAUCAAUGCCGACAUCAAUGUUAUUUCUAAGGAAGAAUUGGAUAUCACAGACAGAGGUGAAGGGGGCUUUGGGUCCACAGGCUCCAACUAA